GCGUACGCAAACGUGGCAUUUGUGAAUUCACUGCUCUUGGUCAACGUGUGAACUUUGAGAACAUACUAAAGCCCCGCUCGACUUCCUGCAGCUUUUGACAUUUAACGCUUUCCCAACACCAUGGACGACGUCUCGGCGCUGUUUAACCAAUACGAGAAUGAAUACUGCAACAAGAGCACGGACAUCUCCCGAAAAAUCACAACGGCCAGCACGCUCGGCGCAGAAGCAAAGCGCAAGAAGCUAGUGGAGGUGGAUGUGGACAUCAAGGAGGCGGAUACAAUCAUUAAGAAGAUGGACAACGAGGCCCGCUCGGUGGCGCCGGACCGGCAAAAGCAGCUUCAGAACAAGGUCAAGGAGUACAAGGCGGACCUUGCCUCUCUAAAGGAGCAGCUGCAGAAGGCUCGGUCAUCCACUUCGGACUUUGAGGCAGGGCGCGCGGAGCUGGGCCUGGGCAUGGACUACGCCUCCUCCUCCGCCGCCCAGCGCGACCGAAUGCUGUCUGCCACCGCCAAACUGGAGCAGAGCGACGAGCGCCUCAAACAGGGCAAGGCGCUGCUGGCGGAGACGGAGGCUUUGGGCGCGGGCAUCCUGGCGAACCUGCAGUCGCAGCGGGAGACCAUCCAGCGCUCGCGCGACACGCUGGCGGGCGUGAAUAACGGCGACCUGCGCAAGGCCGAGGCCACGCUUAAAACCAUGAACAAGCGGGACCUGGGCGCGGGCAUUCUGGCGAACCUGCACUCGCAGCGCGAGACCAUCGUGCGCUCCCGCGACACGCUGCACGGCGCCGACGACAACAUCACCAAGGCGCGUAAGAUCCUGUCCAGCAUGAGCAAGCGCAUGCUGCAGAACAAGCUGAUCAUGUUUGGCAUCAUCGGCACGCUGCUGGCCGCGAUCAUCCUCAUCAUCUACUUCAAGACCAGGAAGUGAGGAGCGGGCAGGAGACGGAAGUUGGGUGCUGUGCUGAGCGGUGUGGUGUGGCGUCGCGCGGCGCGGCGUGGCGUGGUGCGGUGUGGUUAGUGUGGCGGUUUGUGUGCGUCGGUUGUCUGGAGGUUCUCGCGUGGAAUGAUCUUCACGUGCCUGACGACGGGGGCACCUGGAAGGCUAGGCGCGGGUGCGGGUGCGGGUGCGGGUGCGUAUGAAGGAGAAGCUGGAGAUACUUUCGAGUUGUGGGCUCAACGGGGUCAGCGCACGUACGCCCGGGUCUAGAGGCCGCCAGAGCCAACAACUGCAGGCUGCAGUAGGGCCGGGGACUUGAGAUAUGGCCGAUGGCGGGAGGAAAAGUAGCGGUGUAAGUGGCCUCUGAAGGCCGUUGCUGGCGCACAUGGGCAGGUGGGGCCGUUUGCACAAAUGUGGGAUGGACCGUUAUGCAUGCAGCACACUGUCAGGAGAAGGGUUGCGUGACCUGCAUCCCUGAUGUUCCGGAGGACGGACGUAGAAGGCUGAGACUUGGCGUGCAUGGUCGCUGGGUGUAACCGACUGGGUAGGCGGCAUUACAAGCAAGAGCUGUGCCGCGUCUCCCGCGUCUGCGGCGAGCACCCGUACUGGACAGGUGUGUGCGUGCGCCGUGGGCGUGCGAUGGGACAGGGUUGGUACCAUUGCUGAGGCAGCAAUGCAGUGGGAUUACCUGACUGAGUGGCUGACUGACCCACAACUUGUUUGGCACGGAGUGGCGUGUAAUGCAACGGAAGU